AAAUAUAUUACAAUUUUAGUCAAUGUAUAUAAUUUUAGUCGUUCGCUUCGACGAUCGAGUCAGUAUAUCAAACCUACAUUUCCCAACCCACUAACCCUAACUUGUGUAUCUCUCCAAAAAGUAAAAGAUAUUUAUGUAGAGUGUAAUGAGAACAAAAGAUGUAAAGAAAGAAGAAGGAAUACAAGUAGAACAAAUGUCAUUAGAACCAGUUUUUUUCACCAAAUUAUACCCUUGCUAAAAAUAGAAAAAAAAUAAUUAUUUCAAGAAAAUAAUCUCAAGAACUAGCUCUUCUCUCUCUCUUUUCAGCUUUCUCUCACACAAACCCAUUUCGUGAUUGCCGAGCGUCGUUCACCGGUACAGUUAACCAGCCACACACAGACACUGUCCAUCACUGAAACCUAAAAACAAAACCCUACACUUUUUUUUUUCUUUCAAGAAAAGUAAAAAAUCUCACGGCCUGUGCUUUUAUGGCAAGUGGAGACACUGUUACUGAAGUAGGAGACAGCAAAAAGGGAAAUAUCUUCAAACAAGAAGAUGAAGAGAUAGUUAAUGGGUCGGGUCAUGGGGCUUUUAUGAUGGCCCGGAAUGGUGAUGAGGACGAUGAUGUGGUGGCUGUGUUAGGGUUUGGUGUUAUAAGAAAGAAAAGAAUGCCCAGACAGAGAAGAGCUUCUUCUUCCAUUAAUAAUCUGUUGAUCUCUUUUCCUAAUUUGAAUCAUCGUAAUAAUAAUGGUUCUUCAUCUUCCAGUUCUUCCAUUAUCAACUCUGCUAAUCCUCCUUCGCACGUGCCUGAUAUUCAACCCUCUUUCACCACACGUGUAAUUGAUCAAAGGAGAUUGAGUUUCCUCUUCCAGAAAGAACUUAAGAACAGUGACGUAAGCUCCCUGAAGAGGAUGAUUCUCCCAAAGAAGGCGGCUGAGGCGCAUCUCCCCAUGCUUGAUUCUAAAGAAGGAAUUUUUAUAAACAUGGAAGACUUGGAUGGAUUGCAUGUUUGGAGUUUCAAAUACAGGUAUUGGCCUAAUAACAAUAGCCGAAUGUAUGUACUUGAAAAUACCGGCGACUUCGUCAACGCGCACGGACUACAUCUAGGAGACUACAUCAUGGUGUAUAAAGACAAUCAAAAUCAGAAUUAUAUAAUUCACGCUCGGAAGGCUUCGGAUGACGAUGAUAUAUACGCCAAUUUAGCUAGGACUACAGUCAAUGACAUAGUUCUUCAUGAUUACGAGAUCAACAAAUCAAGCUCGUUUUACAUGAAUUAUCCGAUGAUGGACAACACCGGCUUGUCGUUCAUAUACGACACUACCACCACCUUUCCUGACGACCCCCCGCUUGAUUUUUUUGGCGGAUCACUAACUAGCUAUUCGAGAAAUGGCCAUAUGGAAAGCUUCGGAUCCGUCGAGAGCUUGUCUUUGGACGAGUUCAUUUAGAUGCAAAAGGCGGUGUCAUUUUGUUGUAAGAAAGAAAUAACCCAAAAGGGUUGCAUAUAGGGUGAGACUUCAUUUUGCACUAAAAGAAGUGUGGUUUUUUUGAAGUGUGCUUGCCCUAUAAAUUUUAUGUAAUAAAGAGAAGCAAACUGUCUAAACUUGUGCCAUGAAAAUGCCCAAUUUGUGUUUA